AGAGGCCCGAGACAACUGACUUGAUUCAGUUCCUAUUGGGACCUGCGGCGUUUUAUGACACACAUCACUGCAAUUACUGAUAAGCUUUCUGUUUCCUGCCAGGAGAGACACGCAGAAUAACUGCAUGAUGAUGUUUAGCAUGGAGAGCUCUUCUGAGACUGGGGACGUGGGGCCAACAGCCGCUUUCUCCCAGGUUGUUUUCAGCGACAUCCCCCACACCUAUUCACCUCUGGGCCCCGUAACCUGCUGCUACACCCUGACGGAGGCCUUUCAACCAAGCACCAGGGACUGGGUAGGGAUUUUCAAGGUUGGGUGGAGCACGACAAGGGAUUAUCAUACUUUUGUGUGGGUGGAGCAAUCUUCAAAUGUAGCUGUGCAAGGGCGAGUGAAAAAACAAGCUGUGUUUCAGGAAUAUUAUUUGCCUAAAGACGAUGCAGAGUUUUAUCAGUUCUGCUACAUUGACAAUCAAGGCCAAGUACGAGGAGCUAGCACCCCAUUCUGUUUCAAAACCACAGCAGAGCAAAGUUUAGAUUGCAGCCUGGAAAAUGACCUUCUGGUGAUUACAACACAGGAACAAGUUGACCAGAGUGUAAAGGAGAAAGCUGAACUGACAAAAGAGUUGGCUCGUAUGAGAGAGGAAGCUGAAACCAUAAAAGGUGCUCUAAAGGAGAAACAGCAAGAAGUCAAUCACCUGAAGGAACAGAAUGAGCAGAAAGAACAGGAAAACGGUGAACUUAACAAGCAGCUGAUUCAAAUGAAAGAACAAAAUGAUAGCUUAGCAAGCACUUUAAAGAAGCUACAGCAAGAAACUGACCACUGCAAGGAGGAGGUGUUGAUCCAGAUGGUGAAUCGACUUGACCUACAGCAGAGGGAAAUUUUGAGUCAGAAUUUACCAGAUGACCUAUUGAGACAGGAGCAGUCUAUGACUCGUAUCCAGGAGAGAUAUGAUCAAGCUGUGGUCAGGGUCAACCAGCUGAUGGGGGAGAAGGAGGAACUCAGAGGGGCGAUUAAUGUCCAAAGUGUGGAGAUUUCUGAGCUCAAAUCUAAAGUCAGAGAAAGAGAACAAGAAUUAUGCAGACUGAGAGACAACAUUCUACUCAUACAGGUGGACCUCCAAAGUAGCGAGAGAGAUAAUAAGAGGCUCUCAGCUGAGCUGCACAGAUUAGACAGCCUCACAAGCAGCAUGGAGGAACUGAAGAGAGAGAACCAGGAGCUACAUAGAAACCUCUCCCAACAGGUGCAUGGCAUUCCAGAUGAUGUCCUUAAGGCACAACUUCAAACCGUCCUCAGUCAGCUACAGGACGCUCGGGAGCAGUUGGCUGAGGAGAGGCAGGCAUCAAGAGAGACAAAGAGACAAGCAGAGGAAGCAGCGAGAGAGCUGAGAGAGGUUAGAGAGAAUCUGGAGAAGAUCGCCUCGUGCUCCAGUCAGACCCAACUGAAAAGUGGCAAACUAGAGCUGCAACUUACAGAGGCGCACGGCAUCAUUGCGGAGAAGGAGGAGACCAUUGCAGAGAUGGAGAGAAAUAUCAGAGAUAAGGAGAACAUGCUCAUGAUUGAGAAACAGGAGAACCAAGAGAAAGCAAGAGAAAACAAGAAUCUUAGAAAAGAUAUCGAAGAGCUUCGCAGAGAGUUCGCUGACCUCCAGGCAAUCCCUCCUGCUGACUCCCCAACUAUGCAGCCUUCUGUUCCUGGUGGCUCACCAGCUGGCACCCCUUCAACUAUGAUGCAGGAUCAACAGAAAAACACAUCCUCAGGUUCCUUUCUGUAUGAAGAUGUAUAUGAAACAAUCGGGAGCAACACAAAGGAAGAGGCCUUAAUGUGUCGGCAUUGCCAAGAGAAGUUCCCUGGCAUUACCCAGGAUGAGCUGCAACAGCAUGAGGAGAGCCACAAAGUGUGUCCUUUCUGCACCCUCAUCUGUGACAACAUGGAGCAGUCCGUCUUUGAGGAUCAUGUCUAUAGCCAUGAGUUGUAAUGGCAGCCUAGGCAAACGUUUGGUUGAAAAUAUCUACUGUUUUUGAGGGAAAACAUCAUGUGACAAAGUAGCUUUUUUGGUGGUUGGCCUUCUGACUUUGACUGAUGUUUAAUUAAUCAAGUUUCCUUUAUUAAUUACCUUGGGGAAAUUAAGUAACAAGUAAAAAUCAAGGACAACCCAUGAUUUUUCAACUUUAGUUUUGCCACAGGUUUGUGCGGGGUGCAAUGUCUCUCAACCUGUACAUCCAAGAACAACUUCUUAUCCUUCAUUAACCAACUGUAAUUAAGCCAUAAUAUACAUACUGUAAUAUCCCUUAUAUAAUAUAUAAACGUAUUUCAUUUUGGUUAAGUCUUAAGUAAAAUGUAUGAAUUCGAAAAAACAAUAAAUAGCUUCACCGUACUUCAUAAGA